AUGGCUGUGUUUACCGGCAUCACGUGCCUGAUGAUCGCCUCCAAGCUGGAGGAGAUCUACCCGCCGAAGGUGGCCGACUUCGCGUAUGUCACCGACGGCGCCUGCACGUCCGAGGACAUUCAGGACAAGGAGCUGGUCAUCAUGAAGAUUUUGAAUUGGUCUUUAUCACCAAUUACUCCACAGCAUUGGCUGGGAACAUAUUUACAGCUUACAAAUAUGGAAGAGAACAGAUUUGGCGAGGCUGUGACGGCUGAGGAGUUCACGUGCGCACAGUUCUCGAGCCUGCAGUUCGUGCAGGUGUGCCAGCUGCUGGACCUGGCCGUCAUGGACGUGGGCUCGCUGGCCUUCAACUACGGCGUACUGGCUGCGUCGGCCUUCUUCCACUUCACCAGGAACAGGGAGCUGACCGUGCGGAUAUCAGGCUAG